AGAGGAGGAGGGGCGCGGCCAAGGCGCCGAUCGACCCGCGCUGCUGGGAGGCAUAUCCACGGUGAGUCCUCGUCGGCCAGAUUCUCGAGCGCGGCCGCGAUCCGGCCGAUCUCACGCGCUCGAGCGAAAUAUCGGUCGCGGCGUCCGAGAAUCCGAGCUCGAGCUCGAAAUUUCGUGGAUUAGUGCCUCUGGAAGGGGAUGGAUGAGGAAAUUUCUAGAUGCCGCUGCCGCCGGCGCUGGUGCUGGCGAUCAUGAUCAUGGCUGACCUCCAUCGAGGUUUUCAAGAGCAGGGAAGGGCGCGAUGGUGUGAUCUAGUGAUCGUGCGACGGAGCAAGAAUGCAGUUCUAUCACCAUCCCUUGUCGCUGCAAAGCCAGCAGGCUCGAAUGGCGCUGGAAGAGAAGGGCCUGGAUUACUGGGAUUACAGCAUCAAUCCUUUGAAGGCCAGGAACUUGGACGCCGAGUUCUUCCGCGAGCAUCCGAAUGGCCGAAUUCCAGUGCUCAUCAAUGGCAACCGUGUUACUCGAGGGAGUCUCGGCAUUGUCCAAUACAUUGACAAGUUCGACAAGGCGCUAGGAGGCGACAAGUUCGAUUGCGAGAAGUCCCUCCAGUGGCAGCGCAAGGUGGACGCCUGGGACCCCAAGCUCUUCACGCUGAGCGCGACUCCACCUAAGUACCUCCAAUACCACAGCCGCUUCAAGCGCCAGGUCCUCAUCGCCCGGAUGGCCGAGAACCCCGACCUGGCCAACAAGUACCACGCCAAGCUCCACGACAUGCACGCCCUGGAGGAGCUCCUCAAGGACACGGACGCCAUCCAGGCCAACCGGGAGCACCUCGUCGGCCUCCUCGAGGACGCCGAGGCGGAGCUGGCCGCCACCAACAAUUACUUGGCCGGGGAGAGCUUCUCCAUGGCCGACGUGAUGUUCUCCCCGCUGCUGGCCAGGAUCGAGCUGAUGAAGCAGGAGAAGGAGAUGAUCCACACGCGGCCACACCUGAUGGUCUACUGGGCCAAGGUGAAAACUCGCGAGAGCUACAAAGUUUGCAUUGGCAAGUACUCCAAGGGGCUGGGGAAGAUCAACUUGCUGCUAUCAUCGGUUCUAAACGUGGUCGCCAGAACCAUGCUCAAAAGAUACUAGAGAACAACACAGCGCUAGAAUAUAGUUUGCCGUACAGAAUAUUCCUUCCGUAGCGCCUACGGGUGUUUCCGUGCAGAAUAUGCUUUCGUACCGCCUGAGAA